AUGUCUCUUUACUCCUCAACAAAUUGGAGUUGUCGAACGCAAAAAUCUUCAUCUCCUAGAUGUGGUAUUGUGUAUACGAGACGCUCCCAUCCACAGUCUCUUUCAGUGGCUUACUCGAUAUCUGAUCCUACCACGCUCCAGAUUCAGUCAGUUGCAACACCUUUAGUACGUCGCUCUCCUCGAGUGUCUGAAGAAAUUGCCGCUCUAGAAGCCAAUCACACUUGGGACAUUGAGCCUUGUCCUCCCACUAUUGUUCCUCUGGGUUGCAAAGGGGUUUACUCAGUCAAGGUCCGAUUUGAUGGAAGUUUGGAUCGUUACAAAGUUCGGCUUGUUGCACUUGGGAAUAAUCAGGAAUAUGGUGUCAAGUAUGAAGAGACCUUUGCUCCUAUGGCUAAAAUGAUUACUGUUUGUACGAUUCUAGCUCUUGCUGCUUCCAGUGAUUGGCCACUACAUUAG